CCUCCAGUGGCGCUGUGGCGCAGUUAGCGCUCUACAACAGAUUUUUUUUCACGCUCGAAAAAGACACAGGAACAGUAGUGAAGUAUCAUUUGAAGCCUAGUAACUACAAACAUGUCAAUAUUUACACCUACUAACCAAAUUAGAUUAACGAAUGUCGCCGUUGUACGGAUGAAGAAAGGAGGGAAACGAUUUGAAAUAGCUUGUUAUAAAAACAAAGUAAUGAGUUGGAGAUCUGGCGCUGAAAAAGACCUCGAUGAAGUCCUGCAGACAAACACAGUGUUUGUAAAUGUGUCCAAGGGUCAAGUGGCAAAGAAAGAUGACCUGUCAGUUGCCUUUGGCACAGAAGACUUAACAGAAAUAUGCAAACAGAUUUUAGCUAAAGGAGAACUACAGGUAUCAGACAAGGAGCGACAUAGUCAGUUGGAGCAGAUGUUUCGGGACAUUGCAACUAUUGUGGCUGAAAAAUGUGUAAAUCCUGAGACCAAACGUCCCUACACAGUGAACCUUAUAGAGAGAGCGAUGAAAGACAUUCACUACUCUGUUAAAGCAAACAAAAGCACCAAACAACAGGCCCUCGAGGUUAUCAAGCAGCUGAAAGAAUCCAUUCAGAUUCAGAGAGCUCAUAUGCGGCUACGCUUCGUCUUGCCAGCCAAGGAUGGGAAGAGGCUCAAGGAAAAGCUUAAAACAUUAAUAAAGGUGGUGGAGAGUGAGGAUUUUGAUGAUCAGCUUGAGAUGGUGUGUUUGAUUGAUCCCGGCUGCUUCCGUGAGAUCGAUGAGCUCAUCCGCUGUGAAACUAAAGGAAAAGGAACACUGGAAGUGCUCAGUCUCAAAGAUGUGGAGGAAGGAGAUGAGCGACUGGAAUAAAAUCAUGAUCCUAUUUUAUUUAUGUCACAUUUUAUUUAUACGCCCUGUCUGCAUGUACACACUAUUAGCGGUAAUAUUUCUUCAGCUAUUACUUGUUUUAGUAACAUUUCUGAAGUAAAUGACAGGAAAGUUCACAGACGUGUAAACAACACAAAGGUUUCAGCUUGGUUGCAAUAAAGGAUUUAAAAAAAUAGAAAUGGUUUGGAUGCAUGGGGUGAAAAGUAAAAUGAUAAAGUACAGUAUAGCAUAUUUUUAUAUUUAUUUUUUAAGUAUAAUAAAUCAUUGCAUUUAAAUACGAAUUUCACUGUUUGAGUUGUGUGCCAAAUACAAUGACUAAAAGCAAUGAAUUAUGAGUAAAAAUAAAUAACAUAACAUAA